CAUGGAUAUUAUUGAAGAGGGAUCCAGCAAGGAAGGCCAUGACUCGGCCGAGGAUGAUAAAGAGGACGAGACAGAGAGCAGUAACAGUAUAGCCAAUAAACCAGAAGCCAAAGCACAGGUUCCGAGGAGCAGAGCAAGACCAGCUCCACUCGAAAUACUUGACCGGGUGAAACUGAACAACACCCUCGAGACUCCCCGCUCCACCAUUAAAACUGUCCUCAAGGUCCCUGAGAACACCGAGCUCAAGUUCAGUAGGGAAAAUCUGAAGAAAGUCGAGGCACGGCUUAAGCGUGCAUUCGUUGAGUUCUAUCAAAAGCUCCGGCUUCUUAAAAGUUUUAGCUUUUUAAAUACCUUGGCAUUUUCAAAGAUCAUGAAGAAAUAUGAUAAGAUAACUUCCAGAAAUGCGUCAAAAUCUUAUAUGAAAAUGGUUGAUAAUUCAUAUCUUGGAAGCUCUGAGGAGGUUACUAAGCUUAUGGAGAGGGUUGAAGCAACCUUCAUCAAGCAUUUCUCCAACUCAAACCGCAGCAAAGGCAUGGGCAUAUUAAGACCAACAUCAAAGAGAGAAAGACACAGAACAACUUUUUCUACAGGUUUCCUUGCGGGCUGCACAUUUUCUCUCAUACUAGCUCUUAUUUUGAUUGUACGAGCCCGGAAUCUGUUGCAUAUGGAAGGACAGAAAAUUUACAUGGAAGCUAUGUUUCCCCUUUAUAGUUUGUUUGGAUUCAUUGUUCUUCACAUGCUCUUGUAUGCUGCCAACAUUUACUACUGGAGGCGAUACCGGGUAAAUUAUGCCUUCAUAUUUGGCUUCAAGCCUGGAACCGAGUUAGGCUACAGACAGGUUCUUCUUGUGGGUUUUGGUAUUGGAACAUUAGCACUAGUUUGUGUGCUCUCAAACCUUGACAUGAAGAUGCACCCAAAAACUAUGGAUUAUGAGACAUUUACCGAGCUGCUUCCUUUGAUCUUGCUUCUGGUUCUAGUCAUUAUUUUGUUCUUGCCAUUUAACAUCUUGUAUCGCUCAAGUCGUGUGUUCUUCCUUACUUGCUUGUUUCACUGCAUCUGUGCUCCCCUCUACAAGGUUACAUUACCAGAUUUCUUCCUGGGAGACCAAUUGACUAGCCAAGUGCAAGCCAUUAGAAGCCUUGAGUUCUACAUAUGCUACUACAUUUGGGGAGACUUUAAACAUAGAGAAACAAACACUUGCAAGGACAGCACUGUGUACAAGACCUUCUUUUUCAUUGUUGCUGCGAUUCCUUACAUGUUUCGCCUCAAUCAGUGCCUGAGGCGGCUCUUUGAAGAGAAAGAUCCUCUGCAGGGAUACAAUGGAGUGAAAUAUUUCUUGACGGUUGUAGCAGUUUGCUUGAGAACAGCUUACAGUCUCAACAAAGGGAUCAUUUGGCGAGUUUUAGCUGCAUUUUUCUCGGUCGUUGCUGCAGUAUUUUGUACAUAUUGGGACUUUGUUUAUGACUGGGGACUGUUGAACCGGCACUCUAAGAAUGCUUGGUUGAGGGACAAACUCCUUGUUCCUCACAAGAAAGUAUAUUUUGGAGCCAUGGUGUUGAAUGUUCUGCUUAGGUUUGCUUGGUUGCAAACUGUAUUGGAUUUCCGCUUUUCUUUCAUGCAUACGCAAACCCUGAUCGCCGUUGUUGCGAGUCUUGAGAUCAUUCGUCGUGGUGUGUGGAAUUUCUUCAGGUUGGAGAAUGAGCAUUUGAAUAAUGUUGGAAAAUAUCGUGCAUUCAAGUCAGUGCCAUUGCCAUUCAACUAUGAUGAAGAUGAUGAUCACGAGGAAUAGAUUGUUAUAACAAUCUGCAAAUUAAUGAAAAAUCAGAAACAGGCACUGGUGAGAAUAUAUAUAUAUAUAUAUAUAUAUAUAUAUGCGCUAACAAGUAGGGGAAGCACGUGGGUGGAAAUUGUAGCUAAUAACUAACCUGUAAGUGGGGAACGUGUGAAGUUGGGAGUUGUGGGGUUUCCUGGCAGCAGCCUGCCUUGUCUUGAAGAUUUUAAUGUUGAUGUAUUUUGUUUUUCCUGUUUUCUUUUUCGAGUUUUAUCAGUAUUUUGUUGUAAUGGUGUAUAAAUUUUUAAAUGAAGAUAAUGUCAAAAUUUUAGAUUCA